UCCGGUGUGUGUGCCGUUCCUAUGGGCUAUAGAUUGGUGGGAGAAGAUUGAGACGAUUCUCAGUAUGGGUAGCAGCAGAUACUAGUGCCAGGGUUGGUUGGAUAUGGGUGUUCCUUAUCCGAUGAGGAGUCUAUCGAGAGAGGUUCAAAGCCCUUUCCAUUUGGCAGGUUGCUACUUUCCCCGACCAACCCCAGCAACCCAGACGUGCUUUCUCCUCUCUCCCACCACACACUCCUCGCAUCCUGGGAAGACGCUGGUGCUGUCGAGUCGAGGAUCAGACUUCGUCUCGUGAGGUCGGAUCGGUCGGACACUGCCCGGGCUUCUCUUUCCUCACUGCACCUGACAACGUGUUGCUUAGAUUUCAAUUAAUUCUCCAAGAAAGCACUAUCUCAUCCGCCUUCUCAGCCAAUUCCCAUCAACUUCACAACUCGUGGCCUCGUUUGAUAAAGUAAAUAUUCCGUGAGUGGUGACCACAGAGCGUCGUGCUCAAUUCCUCGGCAAGGAUUUGGUGAAUAAAGAUCUCUUUUGUACUGUCUGGGCUAUUAAUUAUUAGCCAAAAACCGUCGAAUCGUCCUCGUGAACCGAGUGGUUUAGAAUUAACUGGAGGAAGAAGUCAGAAUCAGUAUAAAGAUGGGGCUAGAGACGACGGAUGUAGAGCGAAAGUCGGCCACCCUGCCACACACUCCAGGGCGACUUUCUCUCAAACUGCCCGUGAAGGACCGUGAUGCCCGGGCGACGCUAUACCACUCCGUCGGCACUCCAUCGUCACCAACCUCCACGUCCACCACGGGCCUCCUCGUCACCACGGAUUCCAUGUCAACCCCAUUCACCCACAGGAAUCCCAGCCACGCCAACGACGCCUUCUCCGCUCUGAACCAGAUGAGAGCCAACAAUGAGCUCUGUGAUGUCUCCAUCGUAGUGGCGAAUGUCUCCAUCCUAGCUCACAAAGCUGUGCUGGCUGCAAGUAGCCCAUACUUUCACUGCAUGUUCAACGAUGACAUGGCGGAAAAGAAUCAGACGACAGUAACCAUCCACGAAAUAGAGCCAGAUGCAAUGCAACAGCUUGUUGAGUACAGUUAUGUCGGCAGUAUGAUUAUUACAGAAGACAAUGUCCAAGCACUGCUUCCAGCGUCAAGCCUUCUCCAAAUGUCAAUGGUGAGGGAAGCGUGCUGUAAAUUCCUUCUGCGCCAAUUGCAUCCCUCUAACUGCCUGGGCAUAAGGAAUUUUGCAGAUGCUCAUGCUUGUAAAGAACUCCAGACAAAAUCACACCAUUUUGUUCUCCAAAACUUCCCCGACGUGAUGAACACGGAGGAAUUUGUUCUACUUCCGUUGGAAGAGGUCGAGGAACUUUUGGGGUCUGGAAGAUUGAAUGUUCCCAGCGAAGAAACAACCUAUGAGGCGGCGAUGGCUUGGGUGAAACAUGAUAUCGAAAAUCGCAGACAAUUUUUAUCUCGACUAUUAUCCAAAGUGCGACUUCCGCUCUUGGGAAGAAAAUUCCUAAUGACGUCGGUGGACUCUGAAGAAUUAAUAAAAGGAGAUCCUGGAUGCAAAGAGUUGUUAUUGGAAGCUAUGAGAUAUCACUUGCUCCCUGAACAGAGAGCUUCCCUGUCUUCCGACCGAACACAGGAAAGAAAGCCCGAUGGAAUUCGCCCCUAUAUUUUUGCUAUUGGUGGAGGUAGUCUUUUUGCUAUUCAUAGUGAAAGCGAAUGCUACAACCCGAGAACGGAUCGAUGGUCUUCAGUUAGCCCUUUAUUGACGAGAAGAUCAAGAUGCGGUGUGGCUGGAGAGGGGAAAUUUAUUUUUGCAGUUGGAGGAUAUGAUGGGACUUCAGACCUCUCGAGUGGCGAAUGUUGGAACAGCCGCCUUAACAAAUGGUCUCCGAUUGCUUCAAUGGGGACAAGACGAAGCUGCUUGGGAAUGUGCACAUUGAACGGCAUCAUAUACGUUGCUGCUGGAUAUGACGGCGUUUCUGUGCUCCAGAGCUGUGAACGAUAUGAUCCUCUCACUGGUAUUUGGAGUUGCUGUCCUGCACUGUCUCAAAGGCGGAGGUAUUGCAAAUUGGCAGCAAUGGAUAACAGCAUUUGGGCCGUGGGAGGAGUUGAUUCCAGUGCGACUCUGGGAAACGUGGAAAGACUAGACCCCAGAGAAGGAAAGUGGCAGUCGGUGCCAGCGCUAUCGCAACGACGAAGCUCGACGGGACUUGCUUCCCUUGAUGGUCAUUUGUACUGCGUGGGUGGGAGUGACGGGAGCUCAAUCCUCUCAUCGUGCGAGAAAUUCGACCCUCGAAAGUUGAGAUGGGAAACCGUGGCAUCCAUGCAUUCCAGACGGUCCACCCAUGAGUUGGUGGCUGUGGACGGGAACUUGUACGCCAUUGGUGGAAACGACGGAUCUUCAGCAGCUCUGAGCACCGUGGAAAGGUACGAUUAUCGACUGAACAAGUGGAGUUUAGUAAGUCCAAUGCUGACUCGACGAAGCAGUUUGGGAUGUGCGGUGCUGGAUUGUUUGCCCAUGGACAGAAUCAUAGCCAGACCCUGCUGACCUUUAACCAUGUUCGACUCUGUCUACUCCCCACCUAAUGGAUAAUAGCAACUCAGAGUUUGACAGAGAUUCAGCAGAUUAAUAUCAUCUACUAAAUCCUACUCAUUCAAGUUAAAUGAUGCAAUUUUUAAACCUUAAAGCAAUUUAUUUCAGUUAUACAUGACUAGUUUAUGACAGAAGAAGAAUAUGGUAUGCUGGAGACUGAGGAAGAUAUUAUUCAUAUGCAAAACCAGAGUUAAUUUUCAAGCGUUUGUAUACAUGCAAAAUCUUUUAAGAUAUUUUUGCAAUUUCUGGUUCAUAUAAAAAAGAAUGUGAGAGAGAAAGGUUAUUUCGAAAUGAAAUGUGGUAGUUAAAAAAUGCAAGACGAUCGGUCAGAUCGGUGAUAGACAACAUGACAUGCAAGUUAUUAAAACAUAGACUAAGAACAUAAUAAUUAUUGUAUACGUUGAGUAAUUACUGCUUGUCGUUAUGUCCGUUGUUGGUGAUGUCUUACAAUACAAAGUACAAUUAGUGGUGACUAAUAUUGGGUCAUUUUGAACAUCUGACAGAUAGACAGCCAGAUGCAUAUAUAUUAUUUAUAACAGCGCUCUCUCAUACUAUAUACGUGACAAAAACAAAAGUUCCAAAAAUUACAUUCCGAAUCCAACUCUUCUGAUUCAGACCAAAUCAAAUAUUCAACAGCAACUUGAUGACUGCCAGUUUAAUAACUUUACCUAUGACAAACUCAUAUGAGUUGAUAACACACAAAUGAUAACAAAGUUACAAGUGUCACUGCCUAAAUCUGAAAUAAAUGCUUAACUGUUCUACCAACAUCAAAAAAUGUA